UGAAGAUUGAGGAUCCUCAACAUUCCCCAAAAUCAUCAUCAUGGAAAAAUAUGUAUCCUUUCAGGUCAUUGGGAAAUUACUACUCUAGGCAAGAGUCUUUUAGCAUUAGCAGGAUUGGAAGUGGGAGAGUGCUCUCCCAUGGAUGCAUUAUUCAUCCUGAAAACUGGUGGUACGUUGCAUGGACACAUUUCAUUCUGAUAUGGGCAGUGUACUCCUCCUUCUUCACCCCAGUGGAAUUCGCAUUCUUCAGAGGCCUGCCAGAGAAAUUUUUCCUUCUUGACAUCGCCGGCCAGUUCGCCUUCCUCAUCGACAUCGUCCUCUCCUUCUUUGUUGGAUACCGGGACCCCCAUUCUUACUGCCUUGUUCACAAUCCCAACCUCAUUGCCAUCAGGUACCUGAAAUCUCGGUUUCUUGUUGAUCUUCUAGGCUGCUUGCCUUGGGAUGCCAUAUACAAGGCUUGCGGCAGAAAGGAACUAGUAAGGUAUAUGCUAUGGAUUAGGCUAAGCCGGGCGCUUAGGGUGACAGAGUUUUUUGAGAAGCUGGAGAAAGACAUUCGUAUCAACUAUCUCUUUACAAGGAUCGUGAAGCUUUUUGUGGUUGAAUUGUACUGCACGCACACGGCUGCUUGUAUAUUUUACUAUCUGGCCACCACUCUUCCUCCAUCAGAGGAAGGUUAUACGUGGAUAGGAAGUCUACGAAUGGGUGACUAUAGUUAUGCAAACUUCAGGGAAAUUGAUCUUUGGACACGUUAUAUAACAGCACUAUAUUUUGCCGUUGUUACCAUGGCAACUGUUGGCUAUGGUGAAAUUCAUGCAGUAAAUACAAGGGAAAUGAUAUUUGUGAUGAUGUACGUGUCAUUCGACAUGAUUCUUGGUGCUUAUUUACUGGGCAACAUGACAGCAUUGAUCGUCAAAGGAUCCAGAACAGAAAGGUUUAGGGAUAAAAUGGCAGAACUCAUCAAAUAUAUGAACAAAAACAAGCUGGGAAAGAACAUAAGCAAAGAGGUAAAAGGCCAUGUCCGAUUACAGUACGAAAGCAAUUACACUGAUGCAGCUGCUCUUCAGGACCUUCCACUUGCUAUACGAGCAAAGAUAUCAAACAAAUUAUAUGAGCCCUACGUUAGAGAAAUUCCUCUCUUCAGAGGUUGCUCAAACGAGUUCCUCAAGAAAGUGGCAACUAGAGUACAUGAAGAGUUUUUUCUUCCUGGAGAAGUGAUUAUCGAAGGAGGAAGCACAGGUGAUCAGCUUUACUUCCUAUGUGACGGUAAACUGGAUGAAGUAACAAGUCCUGAAGACUCACGCUCAAAAGAAUCUCUUCCUAGUAUACAAACACACAGUUCAAUAGGAGAGAUUUCUGUUAUUUGUAAUAUCCCUGAACCUCGUACUCUCCAUGCAACCGAAUUGUCGAAGCUAUUACGUAUAGACAAGCAAGCGCUUGUAGAAGUCAUUGAGAUAUACCUUUCAGAUGGGCGUACCAUCAUUAAUAAUCUGCUUGAGGGAAGAGAAUCUGACGUUCGAAACAAGAUACUGGAGUCUGCUAUAGCCCUGCAGAUUGAGAAACAUGAAUCGGAGUUGGCUAUGAGAUUGAAUUGUGCUGCCAAUGAUGGAGAUCUGAAUCGACUACAACAUUUAGUUGAAGCAGGAGCAGAUCCCAAUAAGAUGGAUUAUAAUGGACAAUCAGCUCUGCAUCGUGCUGCAUCCAAGGGAUACGGGGAUAUCAUUCAGUUUCUUGUCCAAAAACAGGUGGAGAUCAACCCUAAAGAUCAUUUUGGAAGAACCCCAUUAUUCGAAGCCAUCAAGAAUGGUCAUGAUCAUGCUGCAUCAUUGCUGGUAAGAGCUGGGGCUUCCUUGUCUUUUGACGAUGCUGGGAAUUGUCUUUGCAAGGCAGUUGCAAGCAAGGACUUGGACUUCCUGAGAAGGCUUUUGGCUAAUGGGAUUAACCCUAACUCCAAGAAUUAUGACCUUCGAGCACCACUGCACUUAGCUGCAUCAGAAGGGUUGUAUUCAGAGUCUAUUUUACUCUUAGAAGCAGGGGCAAGUGUCUUUGCAACAGACAGAUGGGGCAGAAGUCCAAUAGACGAAGCUCGCAUUGGUGGAAACUGUGAUCUACUUAAACUGCUAGAAGAUGCAAAGGUUACUCAGAUGUCAGAAUUUUCUUGCUGCUAUGAAAGAAGUCAAGAUCAACUGACAAGAAGGAAAUGCACAGUUUUCCCUGGAUUUCCAUGGGAUCACAGAGAUGGAAGAAGCCUAGGAGUUGUUUUAUGGGUUCCUGAAACAAUUGAACAGCUCAUUAAGACGGUGAAAGAGCAGCUAAGUUUUCAUGGCGGCUCCUGCUUAUUAUCAGAGAACGGGGGCAAGAUUCUUGAUGUGAGCAUAAUCUUGGAUGAUCAAAAGCUGUUUUUAGCAAGUGAUGAAUUGCAAAUAUCAACAUGAGCAUUGAUAUAAUCAGGUCAUCCUCAGCCAG